UAAACCGCUGCGUUCUCUCGGACGUCACCACCGUCCGAAAUCCCUGAUAACGCGAUGCGCAUUCCCGCUCUGUUCUGAAUGGGGGGCUCAGUCCAGCUUCUGACAGCGAGUCCAGUGGUGUAACGGUAACCGUAGACGGUCCACUCCUCCCCGCUGCUUUCAGACACACCGGAAGUCAACGAGCCCGCCUCCCCGUUAGUACCACAUUCAUUCAGGUAGUCUGCUCGUGCACUGACAGUCCAACUAGUUCGGUCCAGAGCGUGCCGACUCUUGUCUUCUCAGCCCGGGGAAGUUCGUGUAACCGUUACUGACGGGAUAAGAGCUGCCUGUCUGUCCAGGAAUGAGAGAUGAUGGCCGGCUCUAUAGCAGAGGAGAAAACCUUCCGACGGUUCCUGGAGCUCUUUCUUGGGGAGAUGAGAAUGCCCCUGCAGGAGAGCGACCCUCCGCCGAUGCGCCCCUUAUCGGACCUGGUGACUGAAGACGAGGUGGAGGGCGAAUGCCUCGACCUGUGUCUCCAGCACCUCUACAAAUAUAACUGCCCUUGCUCCCUGGCUGCAGCUCUAGCCAGGGCCACAGCGGACAGCCUCCUGCAGACUGACCUCUCCAUCCACCUCCUCAAUAAGACGGUAGAAGAUGGAGCUGACCCAUUACCACAGAUGGAGUCUGUGAAGCUGGCCUGGCUGGUGUUUAACAGACUGUUUGAGAUGUGCUGCCUCUGGCUGAAGGAGCUGCCUUUCCGGCGCCGUCCACAGCCGUACUACGAAACCUCCAUCCACGCCAUCAAGAACAUGAGGCGUAAGAUGGAGGACAAGCACGUCAUCAUCCCCGACUUCAACUCGCUCUUCAACAUUCAGGGUCAGGAGGAACAGGCUUACUUUGCUGUGUUUGACGGUCACGGCGGUGUAGACGCUGCCAUUUAUGCCGCCAACCACCUCCACGUCAACUUGGUCCACCAGGAGUCGUUCAGCCAGGACCCGAUCGAGGCACUCUGCAAAGCCUUCAAAGUCACUGAUGAAGGCUUCGUGAAGAAGGCCGCGCGAGAGCACCUGCGUUGUGGCACGACGGGCGUGGUGACGUUCCUGCGGGGUCGGACGUUGUAUGUGGCCUGGCUGGGAGACUCCCAGGUCAUUCUGGUCAGGAAAGGACAGGUUGUUGAGCUGAUGAAACCACACAAACCAGACAGAGAGGAUGAGAAGCUGAGGAUCGAGGCUCUGGGGGGCUGUGUGAUCUGGUUUGGCACAUGGAGGGUUAACGGCAGUCUGUCUGUAUCCAGAGCAAUAGGUGACUCAGAGCACAAGCCCUACAUCUGUGGUGAUGCAGACCACGACGUCUUCCCAUUGGACGGUUCAGAAGACUACCUGAUUCUGGCCUGUGAUGGAUUCUGGGACACAGUGGUUCCAGAUGAGGCGGUGCGCGUGGUCAGUGACCACCUGGAGGAGAACUCUGGAGACACCACCAUGGUGGCCCACAAGCUGGUGGCCUCGGCCCGCGACGCGGGCUCUAGUGAUAAUAUCACUGUCAUAGUGGUCUUCCUGCGGGACCCGCGCUGCCCACCACCCACCGGCACAGAGGACGAGGAGGUGGGCGUGGCGGAGGGAGAGGUCGGGGAGGAGGAGUUAGCGGAGGUGGAGGAGGAGGAGCAGGAAGAGGAGGAUGAGGAAGGCGAGGCAGUCAGGGCAGAGCGUAAUGGUAGGGAGGGAGGCAGCACUGCGGACAUGGGGGGGAAGGGGCGCGGCGGCUGGCCCCUCCAGCAGUGCUCGGCCCCCGCUGACCUCACCUACGAAGACCGAACAGACUCGUUGACGGACAGAACUAGCCUCGGCCUGCUGGGGCCGUCGCUGGAGGGCCGCAUCUUCCUGAGCGGGGUCUCGAGGCAGCCCUGCCCCGACUUUAGCCCCGAUCUUUUCACAGCCUCCCACAUCUAUCGAGAAAAACGCCCGCUGAGGCGCAGGUCCCGUAUCCCCUUUCAGGAGGCCAGCAUCUCCAGCUUCACAGACCCACUGUGGCCCCAGACAUCCAUGCUGUUAGGCCAGGCAGUGAGGCAAAGCCGCAGGCUCGGUUCCGGUAGUCGCCGGUGGGGCCGGAGGAGGCCAGGCGCAUCCAAAGAGCUGCUAGGCCUGUUACCAUCCGGCCACUUGCUGCCGCAAAUGCAACGCCACUCCGACCAGAGGCUUGGAGUGGCGCUGCCUCACCUGCCCCACGAUGACAACAUCUAAAAGAGAUGACCCAAACCAAACCAUCUCCUUCAUUUAUUCAGUCCUGGCCCACACUCCACACCCACUCACCUCUGCCUUCAACAACACAUCAUUCUUUGAUAGUAGGUAGUUGUGGCUCCUGCAGACGUAACGUGAUUAUUGACUUUUUGUCGGAGUGGUGCUCUCUGUCCUAAGCCGAAAUGUUUCCAAAUGUAAGCCGGCCCACUAAACACAAGCCCUGCUCCUUAAUGCUGUAGGUAAAGCCGAAAACUGCAUCCUCUCCAUUGUGAUCCAUUGAUCAGUGAGAAUGAAGCCAGAGCUUGAAAUGCAGGUUCAAAAGAUGUGUUCAGACUGAAUGUGAAAGGAAUCUUGUAUACAAGAGGCUGGGAAAAGACUUUUAAGAACAGACACAGUUUACUGUUGGCAGUGGAAAUAACAGAAAGAAUGGAGUUCCAGCUAAAUCUUAAAAUAAAUCUGCGUGUUGUAAGCUAGCUGAGUCUGUAUCGGACUAUGACAGUUCUUCAGUGAUAAGAGAAGCAAAACUUCUCUUGCAUUUAGUCUGAACACACAUUUAAAAUUAAUUUAUAUGCGUUGUCGCUGAACACUCUCGGCAGCGUCUUUAGACAGAAAUGAUGUUGAUGAUGGUUUUGAACAGGAAGAAAAAUAAGUAAGUAAGUAAACUUUAUUUAUAAAGCACCUUUUAAAACCAGGGUUACAAGGUGCUGUACAGUGCAACAAUGAAUAAAAAUAGAAAGUUAAAAAUGGGAGAUAACAAUUUAAAAACAAAAGAAAACUAAGUAAUAAUAAUAAAAACUUCAAAAUAAAAUGCAAACCGAAGUUAAACACAGUUUGUAAUGAACUCAAACAUGUUUGGCAUUCUAUACUGUAAUUUCUUGUUACGUAUCGGACCAUAUAUACAUAUAUAUAUAAUAUGCCACUACCUAGACAUGUUUAUUACGCUAAUAGUAGCCGAAAAUAUUGUCCAUGCCGAUGAAUGUUUUGUGCUUUAGUUGUAAAAGGAAUCUUCAAUCUUUUCUCACAAAGUUGAAAAAAAAAACUAUUGUCUAAAAUAUCCUUGUAGCUGUAGCAUAAGAUUUCCCUUCAACUGGAAUAAAAGGGCCAAACUUUAAAAAACAGCCCUAAACCAAAAGUACAACAAAAUACUUUUGUGUUAAUCUUUUGUCUUUCCUCCUGUUUUAUGUCACAUUUCUUGUGACGCAGUGUGAGGUGACGCAUUGCUUUUGUCUUGAGACAGCUGUCGAGCGACCGAGCAUUAAAUUAAACUCUUAAUGGCGUAGCUUACCUCAGCAAUCCUUUGGUGGCAGAUGCAUAAAGCUCAUAGAGGAGGCCAGAACAAUUGUUGCUCUUGGUUUCUGGGACUUAAGGCACAUGCUGUUCUUUCCGCUUCCCCAUAUAGUCAGUGACCCAGCCAUUAUCCAGCCACAGUUUAUCUACAGAUAAAAGCACUUAAAACCAGAUUAUAAAAGAUUAGCAGUCAAUUACAUGAAUAAAUGCGUCAUAUAGUCCAGUAUUGCAGAAGGGGAUAUACUCCUGAGAUAAUGUUGUGUAAUGGAGGGGUAUUUAGUAGUAUGUAGUUGUUGUUGGGCCACAUAACUGUUGCAAAGUAUCCAAGUGUCGUUACUUUUACACAAAAAUCCAUUUAAGAGAAGUAUUUUCCAGCAGGCUUCAUAAGUGCAAACCAUUUAAUGUUGGGCCUGGAUAGUUGAAAGCUGCAGAACACGUGCCUUUCAUAUGUGUUACUAAAGCGUACUUUACACACAUAUUCACUACUUACUGAAUUCAUGUGUUAAUUAAUCAUCGAGGACAAGUCUGGCUUUCAGUCAGCUCGUAUUAUGACUCUGUGCCACUUUAAAGGAAUAGUUUGACACUUUCGGAAAUAGGUUUAUUCACUUUCUUACCAAGAGUUAGAUGAGAAGAUUGAUAGCACUCUAUAGCUGAUUAGCUUAGCUUAACAUACAGACUGGAAGCAGGAGGGACAGCUAGUUUGGCUCUGUCCAAAGGUGAAAAUAAAUGUUUUUAGCAGGAUAUGUGUUGCCAUUAAGAGCCAUUUACCUAUAAAGACUUGUAGCAAACGGGAAACCGGAAACCACUAGCUAGGAGUACAAAAAAAUCUGCCAACAAUUUGUAGUAUUACAUUAUUGUAUGUGUAUGGAUUAAGCAAACGACAUAUAGCAUGCUAGUUGGUGAGCUUGGAAGAUGCUGGCAGUGUACUAGCUUCACUUUUAGUGUACAGACACGAGAGUGGUAUCAAACGUCUCAUCAAGAAAGCAAAUAAUAAUAUUUUCCCAAAAUAUCCUUUUAAGAUUCAUAGUCAAUUCAAAUAACAAGAUGAUCUGCACCUAAGAGAGCAGGUUUUUUAAAAAUCUGUAAAAGCAAUAAACAUCCCAGUUAGAACCAACUCCAAGAUAGUCCCCCAGCGUCAGAGUAAACCACCAAGGCUGGCUCCCGUGGCCCCACGGCGUCCAUUAUAAUUGGAUCUUUCUCUGAACUGAUCUAGAUUCAACAAUGGAGAGCCCCCUAUCUGCUGUCUAACACGCUGCUGAUAGUGCUGCUGAGCUUCUGUUAUGUUAGCAUUAAUGUUCAAACUCCUUUUAUGAGGCUGCACUCGUCUGUAAAACCUGGCUGAGACAUAAAAGCCCCAUCGACAUUCAUUGGUUUCAUAUACCUAAUAGUAAAUAUGGCAGAGUUCCUCUUUAAUGCUAAUUCAUAAUCAUAAUUAACAAAUUUAAUCAUCAAAUAAUACUGAUUUAUAUAAUAAUAUAAUAAUAAUAAUAGUACCCAUACCCAGUUAUGUAGGUGGGACUGAUCUGUGGAAAGACUUCGGUCACUUUUAUUUAAAUGCACACAAUAGCAUUACUGUAUCUAACCAUACAUAAUGACUAUAAACUAGCUAUAAUACACACUUGCUAUGAAAACUUUGAAAUCGUAAACCCUGAUUCACUUUCAAAGUCACUUUCAAAGUACAAAAUAUGCUUCGGUUGCCUCUUACUGCUAAAUAUUUAAUUUGCUGUGGGAGCAAGUGACCGUUCUCUAAGCCCCGCCCUCUUUAGUUACUGUUGCUACAUUCGUAGUAGUUAUUUCAAACAAUGGCUUCUUGAUUUUACGUCCGCUUCUCAUUGCUGACCGCAAACUGCGUAUUUUUGAUGAAGUAACAACUGUCGCUAACAUUUUUUUAUUGAGCUAGCUAGCUAAUUGGCAUGAUCACCACGAGUUGGUUGAAAACUCUUUGUCCCCGGUACCCUGAAACAGUAUCUUUAUAUAUGCCCUGUUAGCUACAUACUGUACAUGACAUAAUGCUAAAAGGCGGAGGCUAAAGCUACAACGUUAGCUGGGGCUGCUGGAGUGUAAACCUCCACAAAUCAGAGCAGGGUUAUGUGCUAACGUUACACUGAGAUAUAGCUAGCAGGAUCCAGUACCGGUGGGUAAAUACUUCAUAGUAGAAGUCCUGAAGGAGGCUUUUUUGAAAAUAACCUGUAACCGCACAAAAUAUUGUAGUGAGCGAAUUAUAUUUUGCUUUGCUUUGGAUAUAACGUUACAUUAGUGUUACUAAGCUAGUUAGCCGGAACUGCUAACGUUUACGUUAGAGAAAAUGAACAUUCCUUACACUUAACUUUUUUUUUCUUCUUUUUUUUUGGUUUGGAAAGGCUAAAAUAAACGACUCAAAAGCAGUGUUGCCAACUCUUUUCCAAUGAAAGUAGCUAGCGCUAGCUCCAAAAGUCGCGUAUCAUUUUUUAUAGAGCCAAGAGGCUGUGUCGGAUAACUGCCUGCUGCUCACGGUCGAAGCGGAGAGGGAGAGAGAUUGGUGCUGUUGGCAGAAGAGCCGUGGACUGGGAUUACUACGAGCAGCAUGCACGGGAAUGAAUUACAAUAUAUCUAUUUUUUCCCUUGGUGGUCUGAAGUCGCUAAAUUUAUCACUUGUCGCUUUUUAGAAAUACAGUCGCUAAGAGGGUUUGAUAAGGUGCUAAAUUAAGCGAGAAAGUCGCCAUAUACCAAGUGUGUGGAGAUAUUCAAAGUUUGACAGACCUGUCGUGGCUAAUUACAGUCGCUAUGUAAGCUAGGAUUGGACAAUCGCUGUUCAGGGGCGGGGUUUACCGAACGGUCAUUUUCGACACAUAUUCCAUAACAUCCUCAUUCCCCAAUUCUUUAGGUGAUGCAGUGAAUUUCCAAACGUCAGGACGUUAGUAGUCAUGUUUCCAUCUAAUUUUCAAGCGAACUUUACGCAAACUUUUAAAAUGAAAAAUGCGAGUUAGAAGCGUUUCCAUCAACUGAUUUAGAGCGAAUAAACUAGAUUAGGCAAAGCGUAGUUUCGUCACAAGUUGACGUUAUGCAUUGGUUGUAGAUUACAAACCGGCUGGCUAAAUCAAAGAGUUUAGAAGCUAAGUUCUUUAGCUAAAUGGAGAGAGGUAGCUUUGUACAAGUUGGCCACCUGUGCAGAAUCCAGGGUUGUGGCAGAGACAUUUGGUGUCAGCGAGACAACCGUUCACUGCUGUGUAUACGCGGUGUGCAGGGCCGUACGAUGUAAGCUGUUGAACCAAUUCUUCAAUUUACCCGACGUGGCUGAGGCGCAAGCUAUAGCACUACGCACCUUGUGCCACAAGUGUCCCACUGGAUGGGACCCGUAUCACGAUCCUUCCCCCGUCCGAUGGAUACCGGGACUAUAGUUAUGUGAGUUACAUGUUCGCUACGUCACAACUUAUUUGGCAAAGCUAGUUUCCAACUCCCGUUUUGCACACUCUUUUUCAAAAAAGGCAAAAACCAUCUCAGUAAAAACUUUUUUUUUUGCAAAUUUUAGGACGUUUUUUUCAAAUUUUGCCGUUUCCAUCAACAUUGUCUAAUGCAAUACUUCAAAAUGCCCAUAAAGAUACGUUGAUGGAAACAUGACUAGUGACAGCCAGGUUCUGUAGAUCGUGCCUCCCUUUUCGUGCCCUUUCACACACAGAAGGCGUGGUAUCAAAAACAUGAUUCACCAGACAAACAGAUACUGGUUUAAGGGGCCAUCACCCCACCCCACCCCACCCUCCCCCUUCCAGUCUUACUGGUAGAUAGAGGCUCACUCCCCUGUAAACCAUCCUGUGGACCGACUCGUGAAGCGCAUCGGUGGAGCCGAAUGUACCUCAUGUGUCCCAGAACGUCUUCAGAGACUCAGUGAAGUGUGUCGACCGGAGUUGGUGUUUUUUUGAGGGAGGUUUGUCUUCCCAAAAGGCAUCCUAUCAAUGAGGAAUGAACUGCCGAGACACUCGACAAACUGAAGCCACUGGAUCCCUCUUGUGGAAGUAGCACUGCAGUCUCUAGAAACGUUGGUCGAUACCACAAAGAAGAUCAGAAAACAAUGGAAAUCACAGUCAUUUUUAAUUAUUCACUUAGGCACGGGUGCGUAUGUAUAUUAUGAGCAAGUGCCGGAGGAGUGUAAAUAUAAUAAUUCUGUCUUGUAAAUCAGCAGUUUUAAUCCACGAGGCCCGACAGUUGGUUCAGAUGUUGGAUCUGGAUCUCAAAUCUCCCAACGCCAGGCUGAGGGGGAGGUGAGGAUGCGAUGUUAUUGAACAGCCUGAGAGGGGCGUAAGUCUCUAAACACUGCCGCUGCCUUCAAGAGCUGCCAAAGAAUAUUAAAACAAGGUGUUGUACCAGUCUGGCUUUCACUGGAAGAGAUGUAGUGUUCUAUCGUGGCCUGGCUGCUGUUUCACCCUUUCUUACCCAGACAUGAAUAAAAAAAAAAAAAAAAAAAUCUGGCUAAAACAUA